AUGGAGACCUUGGAGCAGAUACAGGCUCGCCACCGCAAAGAAAGCAAGGACCUGCAGGGCCGCAUAACGAACAAGAAGAAGAACGCCACGAAGAAGACACGCAAGGGCGUCAACGACGAGUGCGCGGAUCUCGAGCGGCAGCUCAAGGAGCGACACGAGGAGGAGCUCAGAGCUCUCAAUGGCGACAACGAAGCGGCUUCCGACGAGGAGCGAGACGAUGCCGAAGAGCCGAGCCAGAAUGGCAUAGAUAGGACUGUUGCAGACGCAGACGGAAUCGCAACAAAGCUCGCCGACACAAACUUGUCAGAUCCCGACUCGCCGACACCGUCCUCCCCCGCGACCCGGCAGCAGCAGCAGCAGCAGCAGCCGCCGCAACAGGGCAAGAAGCGAAACCGCCAGAAGGACCGGCUCGCCCGCCGCGCGGCGGAGCAGGAGGCCGCGGCCAUCAGGGCGGAAGAGGAGGCGGCGAACAUGGUCGACCACCGGAGCGUCGAGAAGACGUACAUGCUGAACGAGUUCAAGGCGCACGCGCUGGUGGAGAAGGAGAUCCAGCCCGACGGCCACUGCCUGUUCUCGGCGGUGGCCGACCAGCUGGAGCAGAGCGCGAUACCACUUGGUGCUGCGCUUGGCGACCAGCCGCAGCCGCAGCUGCCGUACAAGGUUGUGAGGAGGGCUGCGGCUGGCUAUAUGCAGGCGCACGGGGACGACUUCGCUGGGUUUCUGGAGGAGCCGCUGGAUAGUUAUGUCGCGAAGAUCCGCGACACGGCAGAGUGGGGUGGUCAGCUGGAACUGCUGGCGCUCGCGAAUACCUACAAUGUCGAGAUACAUGUCAUCCAGGACGGGCGGACAGCGGUCGUCAGUCCGACCAUCGAAGGAGACGAGGAGCCGAAGAAGAUCUGGCUGGCUUAUUAUCGGCACGGUUACGGUCUUGGUGAGCACUACAAUUCUUUGCGAAAGAAGUCAUGA